UCAGGAAAAGCUUCUUUGCUCUUUCUCUGCAAGGAAGCCUCUCUCUCUCUCUCUCUCUCUCUCUCUCUCUAUUAGUUUCCCUCGGCCAUGCACCUUUACAGUUUUCUUUCUAGCUAGGAGUUGUUGAAUACACUCUGUUGAUUUCCCCCAGCUAAAACAUGCCAUGUGUGCAGAGAAACUGGAUUGCAAACUUUUUCUUUUGGGUCCAGUUCCUUCACAUGCAAGUGCUCUGCUAUGGUAGAAAUCCUCCACCGGGCAGAUUUUUCUUUCCAGACAAGAGGCAAGAGCACUUUAUCCGUAUGCUGCAAGAAUACCAUGUAGUUGGUCCUACGAAAGUAGAUGCAAGCGGCCAUUUUCUCUCUUACAAUUUGCAUCAUCACACCUCAGGUGCCAGGAGAAAAAGAGACUUUAGCUGGAAGGAAAACUUCGUGUAUUAUAAAAUUAACCACAAGGAGAAGGAUCUGUUUUUAAGCUUGACUGUCCAUCAAGGAUUUCUUUCUCCUAAUUAUGUACUGGAAAGGAGAUAUGGGAACCAUACAGGUGCAAAGAUUGUACCUUACUCAGGAACCUCAUGCCACCUCAUUGGCACAGUCUCAGAGCCAAAUUGUGGGAACGGGACAGCAGUGAUAAGCACUUGCAAUGGACUGACUGGAUAUUUCCAUCUGCCUCAUGGAGACUACUUCAUUGAGCCUGUUAAAAAGCAUCCAGUGGAAGAUGGAACACCACACCCACACAUAAUCUACAGGACAAAUAUCCCUCAAAAUGCUUUAAGGCAACGGCGGGAGACCACAACAGGCAAGGCACAAGUUUGUGGAUUGACUGAUACCUUCAGCUUUUUCAAACAACAAGAGCAUUGGAGGGAGAAGUGGGAAGGAAAUCGCAGAGCAGUCAAAACGAUUUCUCGGCGUUCUGUCAGCAAGGAACGAUGGGUGGAGACGCUUGUUGUUGCAGACAGUAAAAUGAUUGAAUAUCAUGGAAGUGACAAUGUGGAAUCCUACAUCCUCACUAUAAUAAAUAUGGUUACAGGAUUGUUCCAUGAUCCAAGUAUUGGCAAUGCAAUCCACAUUGUGCUCGUCCGUCUUAUUCUUCUUGAAGAGGAAGAGCAAGGCUUGAAAAUCGUUCAUCAUGCGGAUAAAACUUUAGCUAGCUUCUGUAAGUGGCAGAAAAGCAUUAAUCCCCAAAACGAUAACAACCCUAUACAUCAUGAUGUAGCUGUACUUCUAACAAGAAAGGACAUUUGUGCUGGCAUGAAUCGGCCCUGUGAAACCUUAGGCUUGUCUCAUCUAUCUGGUAUGUGCCAACCUCACCGCAGCUGUAAUAUUAAUGAAGAUUCUGGGCUGUCUUUGGCAUUCACUAUUGCACAUGAGCUUGGACACAGUUUUGGUAUCCAGCAUGAUGGAAAAGAGAAUGACUGUGAGCCUGUCGGAAGACAUCCAUACAUUAUGUCCCGUCAGCUGCAGUAUGAUCCUUCUCCACUAACUUGGUCACCCUGCAGCAAGGAAUACAUCACACGUUUCCUCGAUCGAGGAUGGGGAUUCUGUCUAGAUGAUAUCCCAAAAAAGAAAGAUUUAAAGUCAACACUCAUUGCCCCAGGAGUAAUCUAUGAUGUACAUCACCAAUGCCAGCUGCAGUACGGCCCCACAGCUACUUUCUGUGAAGAGAUGGAUAAUAUUUGCCAGACGCUCUGGUGCUCAGUGAAAGGUUCCUGCCGCUCAAAACUGGAGGCUGCUGCAGAUGGAACUAGAUGUGGAGAAAACAAGUGGUGCUUCAAUGCGGAGUGCAUUCCAGUGGGAAAGAAUCCAGAAAUGAUAAACGGUGGAUGGGGCACAUGGUCCUCCUGGUCCCAUUGCACACGAACAUGUGGGGCAGGAGUUCAGAGUGCAGAAAGACACUGCAAUAAUCCAGAGCCUCAGUUUGGAGGAAGGUAUUGCACUGGAGAACGGAAACGCUACCGCAUGUGUAACAUUCUGCCAUGUCGACGAGACACACCAACCUUUCGUCAGAUGCAAUGCAGUGAAUUUGACACAGUUCUCUAUAAGAAUGAAUUCUACCAGUGGAUUCCAGUUUAUAACACAGCUAAUCCUUGUGAACUCUACUGCCGCCCCAUAGACGGCCAGUUUUCCGAGAAAAUGCUGGAUGCAGUGAGUGAUGGUACUCCUUGCUUUGAAAGAAGCAACGCCCGAGAUAUCUGUAUAAAUGGCAUGUGUAAGGCUGUUGGCUGUGAUUAUGAAAUAAAUUCCAAUGCAACUGAAGAUCGAUGUGGAGUUUGCCUAGGAGAUGGAUCUGCUUGUCAAACAGUGAAGAUGGUGUUCAAUCAAAGUGAAGGAUUAGGUUAUGUUGACAUUGGACUGAUUCCAAAAGGAGCAAGGGACAUCAGAGUAGUAGAAAUGGCAGAGGCAGGAAAUUUCCUUGCAGUGCGGAGUGAAGACCCAGAGAAGUAUUACCUAAAUGGGGGGUUUAUUAUCCAGUGGAAUGGAGAAUACAAAGUGGCAGGGACAACAUUUCAAUAUGAGAGAAAAGGAGAUCUUGAAAAUCUGACAGCAUCUGGACCCACCAAUGAGUCAGUCUGGAUACAGCUACUCUUUCAGGAAAAUAACCCUGGAAUAAAGUAUGAAUACACUAUACGUAAAGAAGGAAGCCUGGAGAAUGAAGUAGAGGAUCCAGAAUAUUUUUGGCAAUAUGGAGGCUGGUCGGAUUGUAGUGUAACGUGUGGAAGAGGUGUUCAGCGACAGACAGCCAGGUGUGUGAAAAGGGGAGGAAGUGUGAUCAAAAACUCCUUCUGUGACCCUGAAAUGCAGCCAAACGGACGACAAAAGAAAUGCAAUGAAAAGGAUUGCCUACCCAGGUGGUGGAUAGGAGAAUGGCAGACGUGUUCAACCACCUGUGGUCCAACAGGAGAGAAAAAACGAACUGUCCUUUGCAUCCAAACAGUGGGAUCUGAUGAGCAGGCACUGGCUGCUAAAGACUGCCAGCAUCUGCUGAAACCAAAGACCCACCUUUCCUGCAACAGGGAUGUUCUGUGCCCAUCCGAUUGGACAGUGAGCAACUGGACAGAGUGCACAGUUACAUGUGGUGGUGGGGUACGGACUCGUAAAAUCACUUGUGCCAAAAACAAUGAUGAACUGUGUGAUAUGUCCAAGAGACCAAACUCUAAAGCGCUAUGUGGCCUCCAGCAGUGUCCUUCCACCAGACGACUAUUGAUACCCCACCUGAAACCCAACAGAGGAAAGAUCAUAAUAAGGAAGACAGCAAUUAAUCCCAAAAGAGACCAAAGAGACCAGACCACAACAAAAAUGCCUGAGUUCCAAAGCACAACUGAUUUGGUUUCUAUUGCCUCUACUUCUGUCCACUCUUCCAAGAAGGACAAUCUGGAAAUAGGAACAUUACAGAAUAAUUCUACCAGAACAAAUGAUGAUUAUAAUCCCUUUAUGUUUAAUGGAAGCAGGUCACACCACGAAAGUACUGUAAGUAAUAGUUCAAGUACUGAAAAUAUAAGAAACAUCCAGAAUAUCUCUAACACAUAUCCAGAUUUUGCUUCAGAAGGGGACCUCAUUCAGACAGAAGUUCAUUACACUACUUCGUUAGCCAAAAGUCCAGCAGUCACUCCAGGCUAUGAUUAUUUAACUGAAGAGUCUGACAAUAUUGAUUGGCCAACAGAAGGCAGUGAAAAACCUACUGACAUCCAUUACAAAGUCAAAAGCAGCCCUGCAAUCAAAACCAGGAGCAAACCACCAAACAUCAGCUCUCAUGUAAUUAAGACUCCAAAAAUCUCACCAACAUUAUAUCAUCAUGAAUCUUCUACACUGUCUGCAAGUAGCACUGCAGCAGAAAAACUGUCAUCUUCAACCACAGUGAACCAAAGGGGUAUCAGUGUGCAAAUAGAUACACCUAUCACUGAAAAGGUCACCACAGAAGGACCAGCAAUGUUUGAUAAUGUAUCAAGAGGCCAGUUUGGAAAUGGAGCAGAAAUGGAACCCUCUGACAAGAUAGAUUAUACCCAAAGCACAAAAUCUCCAAGUUUUGAAGAUGCUCCAAAGGACCACAGUACAGCUUCUGAGGGAAAAUUAUCCAAUGCCACAGAAUGGGACUAUGCAAGAAUGUCCAAUAAUUCUCAUGGUGAUGUGUACUGGAUAGUGGGGAACUGGAGUGAGUGUUCUACCACCUGUGGUGUAGGAGCUUUUUGGAGACAUGUGGAAUGUAACAGUAGGAAUGAAUCUGACUGUCAGCACAUUAAAAAACCUGACCCUGCAAGAAGAUGUCAUCUCCGUCCAUGUGCUAAGUGGAAAACUGGAUCCUGGAGCAAGUGCUCUACAAACUGUGGUGGUGGUUUCAAGACCCGAGAUGUUCACUGCACUGAUGUUCAUGAUAAGCGAGUUCUGCGGCCUUUUCACUGCCAAUUAUUAGAACAUAAACCACAACUGAGCAUUAGCUGUAAUACAGAGCCCUGCUUGGAAUGGCGUGUGGCGCCUUGGAAUGAGUGCACUGCUUCGUGUGGAGGGGGCAUUCAGCAAAGAACAGUAACAUGCAUCAGUACAGAAGAUAAUGAAGCCAAAAAUCAAUCUCUGUGUGAGCAUGAGCCCAAGCCUCCAGAAUCUCAGAAAUGCAAUAUGCGAGAGUGCAGGAAAAGUGCAAGCCUGCCGUGCCACAAAGACAAGCUGUCCAUUAAUUUCUGCCAGAAGCUGAAAUGGAUUGGCAAAUGUCUGGUGCCAUCAAUAAGGACUCAGUGCUGCUUCACGUGUAAUAGGCCCCGAAUUCCUAACAAAACAAGAUCUGGAAAUCAACAGACCUUCAAAGAACAAAAUUACACCAAAUCCAGAAGAAAAUUGCCUCCAAUCAAAAAGAGCAACAGCCAACGUGCUGAGCACUAGGGUAUUUUGCUCCCUGGUGAAUUUAAUCAGUAGUUCCAUUUUCUCUUUUGUAUGGAGCCAUUCUAUAUAGAUGGAAACGUAAAGAACAGAUCAAAAUUGGGGAAAUACAUCCUUUAGGGCAAUCAACCCCAAUAUGCUUCUUCAGCCCUCUUUUUAAGACAGCUACAAAUUUGUCAUUGUGCUUUGCAAUGUGUACCUGUUCCUGGUACUUAUGUGAGCAUGGAAUAUAGGUUAGCGGCAUGCAUACAGGUCUUUAGAAGAAUGUUGUGCUUUUCAUUGUCUCCAUUUACAGUGGAAGAACAAAUUGUGGUUGCCCCCAAAACAGUAUUAAAAUAACUGGCACUUGUACAGAGCACCAUUUAGUCUCAGGUCCCAAAGUGUAAAGCUAAUCUCUCCUGUUUCUUGUAAUUACUGGGACUUUUCUCUACACAACCUCCUGUGAUGUCGGUAGUGUGUCUGCCAUACUGCAACUUGGAGGCAAGCUCUGUAGGUUCUGCAGCAGCUAGGCCUUAUUGGUGCUAGCUGUAGAGGAUCCCAAUAAUUACUCAGCUCCAUUGGUGAUGGUAUAACUAUUCUCAAUGGGAGCUGAUUGGCUUUUAAAACACUCAAGGCUGGGAAUUUUAAAGAAGAUGAAAGGAGUUUGGUGCUUAAGGUCCACUGAAAUUCAAUGGAAGUUGGAUGCAGAGGCCUCUCAGGACAAUCUGCCAUCUUAAGCAAACCUUCAGUGUUCUAUCCCCCUCCUCAUUGGUUCAGCUGCCCUCCAAUAUGACAGAGAAGAGGCUGGGCUAAAUUUGAGUAGCAUUGUGGCCUGGCACAUGAGAUUGCAACUCUGCUCAAACUUGGUCCAGUUGCCCAAGAUGGAGGGGUAGCGGGUCCCAGUGUACCGCCCUAGGCAGUGCCUACGUCACCUAUAACAAGAGCAUACUCCGGUGGGUGUUUCACUCAACCCACUAGUUUGUGACAGCUCAGUUUUUGAUACUUCCCUAUACUUUCCUAGCCCUUCUUUAGAAUACUAUGUUCUAAAUGUGGAUGGGCUCUGAAAGUACAUCGUACCCAGACUUAUAGCAACGUAUGCAUGCCUCUUUGCUUUGACAGGUUUUCUAUUUUCUAAUGCCAGAGCUGACUUCAGAUUUUCAAAGUGUUGGGGAAUGCUCAACAUGGGUGCACAGAACUAUGGGAAAAGCAUAAUAUAUUCUGUUAACCUAACUUCCUGACACUUGGCUGUAUCAUGUAUUGUAUAUUAAUACCAUUUAUUUAAUAUGUAGUAAUGUAUUGUGCCUAACAUAUGUAUUGGCUAACAUUUGAAAAAUCCUAGACAUAACCUUCAGAUUCCUAACUGUUCUAAGACUUCAGGGGGUAGCUGAGUUUCGUCUGUACAGAAAAAAACAACAAAUGGUCUGGUAGCACUUUAUAGACUACUAAGGUUGUGCUACUUACAGUCUUCUUGGUUUUAUACCAUAUGAACAGGUCAUAAAUAUAUUGCAGUGACUAAAGAGGCUUUUGACUGUUAAGGGCCAUGUUUCCAGACUAACAUUAUAAAACAUACUAGAAAUGUGUUUAGACCUGACUUCUAAACCUCCUGAAGGGAGGUUCCAAAGAGGAUAGAGAAAGGCUGU